CCCAUUGGACUCCUUUGGACCCCUCCCCUUGGACCCCCUUGGACUCCCUUGGACCUCCUUGACCCCCUUGGAUCCCCUUGGGCCUCCUUGGACAACCUUGGACCUCCUUGGACCCCCUUGGACCCCCUUGGACCUCCUUGGACAACCUUGGACCUCCUUGGACAACCUUGGACCUCCUUGGACAACCUUGGACCUCCUUGGACAACCUUGGACCUCCUUGGACAACCUUGGACCUCCUUGGACCUCCUUGGACAACCUUUAACCUCCUUGGACAACCUUGGACAACCUUGGACAACCUUGGACCUCCUUGGACAACCUUGGACCUCCUUGGACAACCUUGGACCUCCUUGGACAACCUUGGACCUCCUUGGACAACCUUGGACCUCCUUGGACAACCUUGGACCUCCUUGGACCUCCUUGGACCCCCCUUGGACCUCCUUGGACCACCCUUGGACCCUCCUUGGACCCCCUUGGACCUCCUUGGACAACCUUGGACCUCCUUGGACCUCCUUGGACAACCUUGGACCUCCUUGGACAUCCUUGGACCUCCUUGGACAACCUUGGACCUCCUUGGACAACCUUGGACCUCCUUGGACAACCUUGGACCCCCUUGGACCUCCUUGGACCCCCUUGGACCUCCUUGGACAACCUUGGACCUCCUUAGACAACCUUGGACCUCCUUGGACCCCCUUGGACCCCCUUGGACCUCCUUGGACAACCUUGGACCUCCGUGGACAACCUUGGACCUCCUUGGACCUCCUUGGACAACCUUGGACCUCCUUGGACAACCUUGGACCUCCUUGGACAACCUUGGACCUCCUUGGACAACCUUGGACCUCCUUGGACCCCUUGGACCUCCUUGGACCCCCCUUAGACCUCCUUGGACAACCUUGGACCUCCUUGGACCUCCUUGGACAACCUUGGACCUCCUUGGACCCCCUUGGACCCCCUUGGACCUCCUUGGACAACCUUGGACCUCCUUGGACAACCUUGGACCUCCUUGGACCCCCUUGGGCCUCCUUAGACCCCCUUGGACAACCUUGGACCCCCUUGGACCUCCUUGGACCCCCCUUGGAUCUCCAUGGACAACCUUGGACCUCCUUAGACAACCUUGGACCCCCUUGGACCUCCUUGGACCCCCUUGGACCUCCUUGGACAACCUUGGACCUCCUUGGACAACCUUGGAUCCCCUUGGACCCCCUUGGACCUCUUUGGACCCCCUUGGAAGUCCUUGGACCCCCUUGGACCCCAUUGGAGUCUAUAACCCCUAAAACAGAGUUCUUGGAUUACACAAGCCCUGAAAGCCUCUAUACUGCACAUCUGUUUUUUGAAGCCAGUGUUGGAACCUCUAGAAGCCAGUGUUGA